UUAAGUGCGCGCAACAUUUUCUGCGCGAGAUUUGCAAAGGCAUUCUGAUCACCGCCGCCGCCGCUGGUGCUGCUGCUGCUCCCGGUUAAGAAACUAUCCCGCGUCACAAAGGACACAUGGCCAAGAAUGAGCAGGAUGUGGAGCAGGAGUUGCCACCGCCUAGGAACCAGCCGGCGAUGCCUGAGGGAUUCCGACAGCUGAAGACACAGGUGGCCGGCCACACAUUCGAGGACUCCAACACAGAGGCGGUGGGUCUACUGCAGGAUCCUACUGCCGGAUGCGUGCUGAAACCCAUGGGAAAACCGGAGUGCGGCGAGCGGGAGCUGCGCUUUUAUGAGUCACUCGCAGCGGCAGGUGCUUCAGGUGAUAAUGACCUUGCCCUGCUCCGCGGUCACGUCCCCCGAUUUUACGGCCCCCUGAAACUGGUUGUGAAUCAGCGGGAACGUACGUUCCUCCGUCUGGAAGACCUUACGCGUGGGAUGAGCCAGCCAUGCGUCAUGGACGUAAAAAUGGGUAAACGAACCUGGGAUCCAGAAUCCUCGCGUAACAAGCGGAAACUGGAGGAGGCGAAGUACGUAAUGUGCAAGCAAAAGCUGGGCCUUUGCUUGCCCGGAUUUCAGGUGUAUCUUCCCAAAGAAAAUGAGCACCCCAAGGAAACAAAAAUCCUGCGACAUGGAAAGGACUACGGAAAGAGCUUGAGUGUGGAAGGCUUCAAGCAGACCAUGGUCUUGUUCUUCAAUGCAAGCGAUUCCAAGACCAAAAGAGCGAGAACGGAGCUGCUCCUGAAAGAAGUGCUGCGCCAGCUGCAAGAGAUCCUCUCUUGGUUUAAUAGCCAACGCUUGCUGCAUUUCUAUGCCAGCUCUUUGCUCAUCUGCUACGAUUACUCGAGAAUGGACCAAUCCUCGAAGUGUCAGUCCCUGCUCAAUGGCCACCACAUCAAAGAAGAUCACCCAACCAAUUGGGUGCGGGUCAAAAUGAUUGACUUUGCUCAUGUUUAUCCAGCGGAAGAGGCCUUGCCAGAUGAGAACUACAUGUUCGGCCUGAAGAGCCUGAUAGAUGUUGUCCAAUCAAUACUCCACCGAUGAUUAUGUAACGGGACCAAGACCACUUAAAGAUGUACUUGAUGAAGCGGUUCCAAUCUCAUUGCAGUGAGACACUUUUGUAUUAUCGCCUAAGCCAAAAGAUUAGUCCACAGUAGUAUCCCACCUGUUAAGGGGUCGGGUAGCUACUCUAAACUUAGAAUAAAACCCCGUUUUUUACAUAUU